AUGGUUGGUUUUUCCAAAGAGCACUUUACAUUUUGGACACCAGAGCACUCCUUUACGAACAGUUUGUCGUCUGACGAUCACCAGCCUCGUCCAAAAAUCGCCUCCCCUCCGGUCUGGCUUGGCGACCUGGCCCUGACCUUUGACUCAUCUUUCUGUCCUUCACUGUCGGGCCUCAACUGCAGUCUACCCAUCCCGUUGGACCGACUCUCUAUUCGCCUAGGCAGCUGUACUAUAACACCAGCCCAUGGCGCCGCUACUACAGAUCGCCUAGCUUCCGCAUAUCAGGGCAAUCAAAUCUUCAUACUCCAUAAGUGGUAUCCAAGGGAGAGAAACUUUUCGCAGGUCACGAAUACUACGUUUAUGACCAACCAGACUAUGGGACGAAGUACCGGAUCCGGUGGUCGAGUUACAGUUUUUCUGCGCCCCGACGCCUGGCCGCUUGAUCGAGAACAGGUCGUUGAGCUGACUUGCUCCAUAUCAGUCGGCCCAAGUGGAGAGGAGUUUGGUGGUCAGACCCGACAGCGACUGCUCCACGCAUUUCGCAGUGCCUGGAUUCGACUAGAACUUCUCGAUGUUAACGACAACCCGCCCCGAUUUAUCGCACUACAGCAGGAUUCAGGAGAGAUGCGCCCACUCGUCUGCGGUGAAAAAGAUUCCCUAAAUGCCACAGUAAGCGUAAUUUUAGUGCCUUCGAGAAAGUGUUCGUAUCCGCAGCGGACGAGGACAUACUCAUUGACCGAUUUAUUUGAUGCAGCUAAUGAUCUAAAUAGCUAUCUUGACAAGUUGGUCGCAGCAGCAUUGCUCCUUGGCAGCCAUCGCCGUGAUGGAUCGUUUUCAUAUGGUAUCAAAUGA